GUUUUUCAAAUACUAAAAUUUGUUUGUCAUUAGAAAAGAAUUAGGUUAUGGACAUUAAACGGUAAUUUUUUGGUAAGAAAUACCACAAAGAUUAUGACAUUCAGAAGAAACGUCGGAGAAAAAAAAUAUAUGAAUGAUCAGCGUGGCGGGCUGAAUCGAUUUAGAUAUGUACUCUGUCUGUUUGACUGUGCGUCUGUAAUAUACACGAACGAGUCACUCAGUUGUGACAUCGCUCUGAAAUUUUGCACACGUUUUUUUCUCUUUAAGAAGCUGCUCAGCUGCUGUCGAAACCGCCGAUAUCGGUAUACUUUAGCAAAUAAUUGUCAUACAAACUAAACGAUCAAAGUCAAGUUCUUGUGUGGAAAGUUUUUUAUUUGUGAAGGUUUUAUUUAAGUUAACAUUUUUUCUAAUUUUUUAAUCUAACCAAGCUACUUAAAAACGCACCCUCGUAAGUUUGUAACACAAAAAAACACAUACACCUACUUAUAUAUGUUUCAUGCUAACUUAUUGCGCGCUCUUUGAGCUGCGCCAACGUGGAGCGCUUUACGCUCAGCCAGCUAGCUUUCGGUUGGCUCCCCAGCCAUCAGUUGGGGUCUAACUAGCUGAAUCAUUGUAAAUUAGACAGUCUUCAAACCGCGUUCUUCGCUUGUAGACGAUUUAGUCUGUCGCUUAAUUGCCUAAUCCUUAUUUGCUGUGCGCGCGCUGCCUUCAACGUUUAAAUAACAAAAACAACUAACGUAGUAAACACUUGUAUAGACACUUGAGUGUGUGUAUGUGUAACGGUUAAGCUGUUGCGCCAACAAAAAUCAAGAAAGUCCCACAAGUUGAAUCACUUUGCAUUAGUGCAUUUGAUUUAAUAACAUUUCAUAUUCACUAUUCAUUGGUUUUUACCAACACUUCGCCGCGCGCUUGUGCUUACAUAGGUAUUCCGUUGUGGAGAAACAAACAAACAAACUAACAAACGAUUGUUGUAUAAGUUUCUGAUUUUUGCGCAUAAAACGUGUUUUAGUGGCAAUUAACGUUCGAAGCCGCAGUGAUCGUCGUUGUGGCGCAGCCGGUCGAGACUUUGUCAGCGAGUCAUACGUUUGUGAGCAGAUAAUUGCGUAGCGUAGCGAGUGAAAAUCGCCGCAAAGCGUUUAUUAAUAAUUUAAUUGUAAACUAAAACGCUUUACAGCACCGCAGAAAAUAGUUAUUGUGACAGUCAUGGCCACCAAGCAGAUUAGCAAUGGCAACGGUAAAUUUGAGGAAGAGGAAACCGCACUCGAACACAUCAUCAAAUCACUCGAAAAUCCGACCAUGAAGUGCGAGGGUACACACUUCGACUCUCAUGUGCCGCACACGUUCGUCAUCUUUGGCGCGUCGGGUGACUUGGCCAAGAAGAAGAUCUACCCCACCUUGUGGUGGCUAUUCCGUGACAAUUUGCUGCCGAAACCUACAAAUUUCUGCGGUUAUGCGCGUUCAAAGCUCUCGAUUGAGGAAUUGCGUGCAAAGUGUCAUCCAUACAUGAAGGUGCAACCACACGAGCUGGCCAAGUAUGAGGAGUUCUGGCAAUGUCACGCAUAUGCGGCAGGUGGCUAUGAUAAGCGCAGCGACUUUGUUGCCUUGAAGGAACAAUUGGAGCGUCUGGAGUGCCGUUACAAUUGUAAUCGCAUAUUCUACUUGGCUUUGCCGCCAUCCGUCUUCGAACAGGUGACUGUGAAUAUUAAGGAUAUUUGUCUCUCUGAACGCGGCUGGAACCGCGUUAUCAUCGAAAAGCCCUUCGGUCGCGACGAUGUCACAUCAAAGAAGCUGAGCGAUCAUCUCGCCUCGCUCUUCCAUGAAGAACAACUCUACCGCAUUGAUCAUUAUUUGGGUAAAGAGAUGGUGCAGAACCUCAUGACUAUACGUUUUGCCAAUAAAAUCCUUAACUCAACAUGGAAUCGCGAAAAUAUUGCAUCGGUGCUGAUCACAUUCAAGGAACCCUUCGGCACACAGGGACGCGGCGGUUACUUCGAUGAAUUCGGCAUCAUACGCGACGUCAUGCAAAAUCAUCUGCUGCAGAUAUUAUCGCUGGUCGCCAUGGAGAAGCCAACUUCCUGCCAACCCGAUGACAUACGCGAUGAAAAAGUUAAGGUACUGAAAAGCAUUCCAGCACUUACAUUGGACGACAUGGUUUUGGGACAAUAUGUCGGCAAUCCCGAGGGCCAGGGUGAAGCGCGCGAAGGUUACCUGGAUGAUCCGACCGUUUCGAAGGAUUCCAAUACGCCCACCUUUGCACAGGGUGUGCUGCGUAUCAACAAUGAACGUUGGGAGGGUGUGCCGUUUAUUUUACGUUGCGGCAAAGCGCUGAACGAACGCAAAGCUGUAGUGCGCAUACAAUAUCGCGAUGUGCCCGGUGAUAUCUUCGAAGGUAACAGCAAACGUAAUGAGUUGGUUAUACGCGUGCAGCCCGGCGAAGCUCUAUACUUCAAAAUGAUGACCAAGAGUCCCGGCAUUACAUUCGAUAUGGAGGAGACUGAGCUGGACCUGACCUAUGAGCAUCGCUAUAAGGACUCCUAUCUGCCGGAUGCGUACGAACGUUUGAUUUUGGACGUAUUCUGUGGCUCACAAAUGCAUUUCGUGCGUUCGGAUGAGUUGCGCGAGGCGUGGCGUAUUUUCACGCCUGUGCUGCAUGAGAUCGAAAACACUAAAGUGAAACCAAUACCUUAUGUGUUUGGCUCACGUGGCCCUAAAGAGGCUGAUCAGAAGACGGGGGAAAACAACUUCAAAUACUAUGGGUCUUACAAGUGGCAUGGAAAGAAGUAGGAGCGGUGCGAUUGAGCCAAUAACAAUACAAAUGCAUAGAAAAGACAAAUAAAACACCUAAGCAAUUGUUUAAACUAUUAAAAAAUGGUUGUGUAAGAGUAGUUUUACAUAUGUACAGUUUUGAAUACAUACUUGUAUAUAUAUAUUUGUAAAUGUACUCGUAGCUUGUAAAUGAUGAUGUAAUGAAUGGAUUGUGCGAUAAAAACACUGACUUUAAUACUUGUUCAGUGCAAAUACGAUA